AUGAAAAAAUUGCUGUGAACAAAGAAAUUUUCUCGCUCAAUUUACGGAUUUUUCGCGAAAAUCGGUUUGCGAAUCCAACUUUAAAGUGAAUGCCCGCGAACAUUAGACUUGAAAGACGACAAAAAAGCCAAAAAAUGAGAAUUUAAGUUGCUUUCGGAGCGAAAUUUAUCAAUUUUUAUUUGGCUUCUACAGUACAAAAAUAAGAGGAAAAAACACGGUUUCAACCAAAAAGUUCUUUACGCGUGGCUUAUGGAUGACGAAUUGGAGGAUUUGUACUUUUUCGAGUUGUUUCAAAGUGGAAUGAAAGUGCUGUCGAGAAUCUCGUUGACGAACCCGUUUAGCGGGAGCGCGAUUUAUCUGAAUUACUUCUGGCGCAUGAUAAAAAUUUAUCUGUUCAAGCCGGAGAUGCUGCUUGCUACCUUUAUCCUCAUCAUUUUUCUCUUUUUCCUGCAUUCGGCUGACGAAUGGGGGCGAAAUUUCAUGGCGAAUCUCAAGUCGGGAUUCGGUUUGAAGCGUGCGACAGCUGGAGGGCUUCGAAUUUCGACUUCAACAGCGGCCGAACGUGAAAGUUGGGAAAAACGUACCGACGCAGCUGCAGUUUAUGCUGUUAUGGGACGACGCCCAAGUAUGGAAGAUCGCUUCGUAUUGGAGCAAAUUAAUGGAACAGAUGUCAAUUUCUUCGCCAUUUUCGAUGGGCAUGGCGGACAAAUGGCUGCCGAAUUUGCCAAAGAGAUCUUGGUCCAAAAUUUGCAGAACAAAAUUAUCGAAAUUUCGAACAUUAUGAGCGGGAAACCAAUGGAUGUGCCAAAAACUGAGGAGAAAAACGAAGAAAAAUGCGAACCGCUGACACCAACAACGCCCGAUAAAGACGUAAAAAGUGAUCUUUUUAAAGAAAUCCCGCCGGCAUCUCCCGCAACUCCAUCUUUGUCAGCGUCACAACGAAGAAAAUCGUUCAAAAAAUCGCUGAGCAAAGACGACGAAGUAGCAGGCGGUGCAAAUAAAGACAGUUCCAAUCAAAUUUCUGACCCCGAGAUUCUUUCAAAGUUCAAAAUAACACGCGAAAACAUGUUUUCGACGAAUAAAAAUGUCAAAGCGACGCCAAAACCGAAGCAAUACGAGGCCAAAUGCUACAUCGAGGGUGACAAAAUCAAUUUUGGCAAGUUGUUGACAGACGAGGUAAUUGCCGCAGACUAUGCUUUGGUCGAGAAGGCGAAGAAAAGUACGAAUAUCGCUGGAACAACUGCUUUAAUUGCCAUUUUGCAUCGAAAUAAAUUGACUGUGGCAAAUGUAGGCGAUUCGCGAGGCGUCAUGGCAGAUCACAAAGGAGCUGCUAUCCCAUUGUCUUUCGAUCACAAACCGCAACAAGUUCGUGAACAUAAACGCAUCCACGAUGCAGGCGGAUUCAUUGCAUUUAGAGGAGUUUGGCGUGUUGCUGGAAUUUUAGCGACUUCCAGAGCAUUGGGAGAUUAUCCCCUAAAGGACCGAAAUCUCAUUAUCCCGGAUCCCGACAUCCUUACUUUCGAUUUGGAAUACAAUAAACCACAAUUCAUGAUUCUCGCAUCCGAUGGUCUCUGGGAUGUUUUCCAAAACGAAGAAGCUGUCGCUUAUAUCAAGGAACACUUGAACGAGCCUCAUUUUGGCGCCAAAAGCAUUUGUUUGGAGGCAUAUACCCGAGGAAGUCUUGACAAUAUCUCCGUUAUGGUUAUAAAAUUCAAUCAUGGUCGAUACGAAAUCGGAACUUCGUAAGCUUUUCAUCGAAUCUCGUUGUUGUGAUUUCCCCCCGAUACCCGACUUUUUUGCUCCCCAUGCCAGAAUUUAGGUUUACUCUCUAAAUAUUUUAACCCUCAUAACUAUUUAUUGAUGUUUAAUCCCUAAUCUACCAAAAAAUGUAGCUUGUAGUACUUACAUAUUAUCGCUAGAAGAUUUAGUCAGUAAGGGCAUUCAAUCAGCCAAAUUUUAAACAAUUAUUUUAAUAUAAAGUUUAUAUGAAAAAAAAAACGAAACUCGAAUUAAGGAAGAAUUGUUAUCAUCAUUGUUAUUGUAGUAGGAAUGAAACUUGAAAGACAAUCUGUUUUAGAUUAAAAAU